AUGCACGGCUCCAGUUCCGGGGAUCCAUUGCCUCUUCGGGCUUCUCCAUUGAAUUACAAAUAUAAAAAUGGGGUGUUCAAGCUCCUGGAGCUUUUCGACAGUGAAGACCCAGGAGAGCGUGACUUCCUGAAGACCGUCCUGUACCGGAUUUAUGGGAAGUUCCUGGGAAUGAGGGCGUUCAUCAGAAAGCAAACCAACAACAUCUUCCUCAGGUUUAUCUAUGAAACGGAGCAUUUCAAUGGAGUGGCUGAGCUCCUUGAAAUACUGGGAAGUAUCAUCAAUGGCUUUGCGUUGCCACUGAAAGCAGAACAUAAGCAGUUUCUAAUGAAGGUUCUUAUUCCUAUGCAUACUGCAAAAGGACUGGCUCUGUUUCAUGCUCAGCUGGCCUACUGUGUUGUGCAGUUCCUGGAGAAAGACACGACACUGACGGAGCCGGUGAUCAGAGGACUCCUGAAAUUUUGGCCAAAAACAUGCAGUCAGAAAGAGGUGAUGUUUUUAGGAGAAAUUGAAGAGAUCUUAGACGUCAUUGAGCCAACACAAUUCAAAAAGAUUGAAGAGCCGCUUUUUAAACAGAUAUCCAAGUGUGUCUCCAGUUCUCACUUCCAGGUUGCAGAGAGAGCACUGUACUUCUGGAAUAACGAAUACAUUCUCAGUUUGAUUGAGGAGAACAUCGAUAAGAUCCUGCCCAUCAUGUUUGCCAGUUUGUAUAAAAUUUCCAAAGAACACUGGAAUCAGACUAUUGUAGCUCUGGUAUACAACGUGCUGAAAACCCUAAUGGAGAUGAACGGGAAGCUUUUUGAUGACCUUACUAGUUCCUACAAGGCUGAAAGACAGAGAGAGAAGAAGAAAGAACUGGAACGCGAAGAAUUAUGGAAAAAGUUAGAAGAGUUGAAGCUGAAGAAGGCUCUAGAGAAACAGAACAAUGCUUACAACAUGCACAGUAUUCUCAGCAAUACCAGUGCCCAGUAAAAGGUCAGCUCCCCCUGCUGGGCGGCAGUGUUGUACACUCUUGGAAUAUAUAAAAACUUCAAAGCCAAACCUCAUCAGUAUAAUGUAAUUAGGAGGCCAGUUUUUCCUGGCAAGCGUAAGCGAAAGAGAUAAGGACUAAACAUAGCCCUGUGCUGUGCCACGGCCACAGUAUAUUGUAAACUUUGUCUAAUCAUGGAGUGUCACUGUCAUCUGUUGAGUGAGGUGACUGUGGGAGUGGCGUGAGUCACACGACUUAGCCCAGGUGUGCUGCACACACAGAUCAAGCCGGCCUCUGCACACUUCCUUUAUCAUGUGCUUUCACAGUGCUGCACACCUUGGGUACUUCUGAGGAAAGAACCUUCCUUCAUGAGAAAAGCUGAGGUGUUGCCCUUCCCUUCCCCUCUCCUAGAGAGGUGGACGGGGAGAUAAAGGCCCAGCCUCAUUAAAGAUACUGCCAUACUCUGGGUUUUGCAACAUCUUGCGUUUCCAGGCUUCCGAAGCACAAAGUAUUAAAAGCUGGGGGGAAGUAAACCAAAUGUUGACUGUUCCCAAAUCCCCUGCAGCAGCAGCACCCGGAGCGUGCGCAGAGCAGCACGGGCGGGUGGACCCUAGCUCACCUCCUUCAUUCCUCCAAGGCUGGAGGCAGGGCCUUCCCAGUCCUCAACCUGCCCCUCCCAGGCCUGCCUGCAGGGUGAAGGAGGCCCUGGGUCCCACAGUGUGAUGCGGACUGCUAGCUAUCACUGCCUGGCUUUGUGUAAGGGAAAUGCAGUGGGCAAACUCUGAAUUGACUGCGUAGAAGCGUUGUAUGUUUUUACCUGGUCGGGUAUUUUUCACACCUGUUGUUAUCAGUACCAUUCCAACCUCUUGCCUUGCAGUUGUAUGGAAAACCGUUUUAUAAUGAAAGAUCUUCACUGGGGAUUGAGCAGCAUUUAAUAAAGUCUAUGUUUGUAUUUUGAAAAAAAA